GGGACAAUGUGUUUUAUCUAUGUAUCUACACAUGUAUCAAGUUUCCGGUUAAUAAAAUUCUAGCAUGAAUAAUAAACAUUUAUCAUGAUAUAAGGAAAUAUAAAGUAACAACUUUAUUAUUGCCUCUAGGGCAUAUUUCCUUCACCUGUACAGUUACUCUCCGGCAAUGCAGAAAUGAAGUGUUUAAUAACAAAGAAUUGCCACCACAUUUGAUUUCACAAUGCAUCAGCGAGGAUUUGAAGCUCUGGGCUAACAUGGCAAUGAAGGAAUCACACAAGAUUUCUCUCCUAUCUUGGGCACAUAUAUUUUCUGGCACGUAAACUAUUUACGCUCAUGUACUCUCUUUUGUUGUUUUUUCCCUUCAUUUCGUUUUUGUUUCUGCAAGCUUUUGCUUGUUGAUUCUCGUGUGCGCCCGGACCAUGGUUGGCCUUCACGACCUUUUUUAAUACAAGGUAGUGAUCACUACCUUGCACUUAAAAAAACUUUUGUUCUUGUGUGUUUGCUUAUUGUAGCGUCUGCGCUGAGGGGAUCCUCAUGCGAUUCAUAAGCACUAAAUGCGAGUAUCUUAAGCACUUCUUCCCAAUUUUAAUUCAUGUCUUUUGUGAGGUUUAGUUUUCCCUCACCUUAUUUUUUUCUUCCUUCUAGUGCAUAGUUGAAAAUUUUGGGUAUAUUUUGUAAGCGAAACAUCUUCCCAGAUGUGCAAUAAGUGCUCAUGAAUCAAGUUAGCCUUUUCUGCACCAUAUCUGUCAUGGUACUUAUUUCAUUGUUAACUUACCUAUUAAAAUACUAGAAAGUAUCACUUUGUAAUAAUGAUAGUUUCUCAUGGAGACUGAACAAUAAUUCUCCAAUACUUUGAGUUGCGUACGAGCCAUGUGCAGGCAUCAAUCAGAUAAUUGAGGAUUUAUCAAGCUAUAUUGCGAACAUGAGUGGAGAAAUGGAUGGAGAUGGUUGGUCAUUUGUUGUGCUUUAUUGCAAUUUUGACAGGGGAUAGCUAUGAUCUUGGAGAUAGAGAUCGCAAUUCCGUUCUAGUGCUUUUGCUGGCAGCCACUCCAGAGUAAUAUGCUGCAGGGUGUGCUCCUGUGAGAAUUGGCGAUUUAGUUGCAUGUGUUCAGUCAAACAAUAUGGAGCUUGAUUCUACAUAUGUUGAACUCUAGCUUGUUUGGAAUGAAAGAUUGGGAUGAGGCAAAUAUGGCUGGCAGCGACGGUGACAAUUUUGUACCACAAAUUAAGGAACCUGCAGGACAAAAGAAGAAGAAGCCACCGAAGAAGGCAAGUGCACCGGUGAAAGAUGAAGAGGAAGAAGUGGCUGAUCCGAAAGACUGCUUGGCUGCUUAUAAUCUUGGGGAUUCCUCUCCAGAACAUAGUGCCAGGGAAAUAGGAAAACAACGAAAAGGAAAGAAAGGGAGGAACGGACCAAACAAAAAAGGCGCAACAAAGAAGGGCAUGUCAUCCUUAGCUAAGAUUUCCAAUGAAGAGAUAGCAGAGCCACAUCAUGAGAGCGAGGAUGGGGGUCUUCCAUGCAAGUUAAGAAAAAAACUAAAGGAAGAAAGCCUGUUGCCGAAAAGCCGAAGACGACUGCCAUCAAAAAGAGGGCACCAGCUCAAAGCAAAGGCAUAAGGCAGAAAUGAUGGAAGAAAUAUUCAAGCCUACUAAUGACAACAAUCUCGGUGUCCUUCUAGUGAGAAGAAGGCGCAGAGGAUCAGGGCCUCUCCUUUCAAAAAGAAAAGCGGCUCGUUUUUGCAGAGUGGUGAGUGCUUCAACAGGGACAAAAAGAUGUCGAGGCUCCUCCCUCCAGCAGUUUUGCUGAGAUAGUUCCACCGAGAAGGACAACAAGGGAAGAGGAGGCAAAGUAGUCUACAUCGCUUUCGCGGGCGAAGAUGAUGAGUCCGAGGUAGAUAUAUAAAGUGUGGUGCAACUAACUCUGUGAUGUUACUUGACCCUGAGUUUUAGAUCUAAUUGCCGACGAAUAGAUGAAAUACUAAAAUGAAAUGUUGUAAAGUGUGGUGCAACUAAUUUUGUGAUGUUACUGGACCUUGAGUUUUAGAUCUAAUUGCUGACGAAUAGAUGAAAUAGUAAAAUGAAAUGUCCUAUUUUCCAGUUUUGUAAAACUUUGAGAAUA